GCAACAAAAACUAAUUUCAACAAUGAUGUGACAAUAUCUCUUUAAAACACAGUUUAUCUCUCUAACUAAUGACAAUAUUAUCCCUUUGUGAUAUUAAUUGAAUUAAAAAAAUCAAACAACAAAAUUAAAUAAAACUAAAACUAAAUUUCAACAAUUCACAAAUCCUACAUAAUAAACUCCUAAAUAUUCUCAGACUCUCAUAACUAAAACUCUACUAAAAUGGAUUUCGAUCAGAUCUUGGCAAAAUGUGGUGAUUUCAAUCGUUAUCAAUUGUUAAUUUUGACUCUAUUUGGAGUCGUCAAUGUCAUUGUAUCAAUGCAUUAUUUUACACAAACUGUGAUAAGUUUCGUGCCCGAUCAUUGGUGCUAUCACGAAAAGUUGGAGAAUAAAACCUUCGAUGAAAUUGCUGCCGUCUAUGCGAGAGUGGCGAAUCCCUCGUGCACCAAAUUGGACGAUAUAAAUGGUUUGAAUGUAACGAUUAGCAAAGAGAAAUGUACCAGAUGGAUUUAUAAAUAUGAUUUCGGUUAUAGAAGUAUGAAUACGGAGUUAAAUUGGGUUUGUGAGUCUUCAUAUAAGGCCCGCAUAGGCCAGUCAUUGUUCUUUAUUGGCUCUGUGGUGGGCACUUUGUUUUAUGGUUUGCUGUCGGAUAAAAUUGGCCGUUUGCCAGCCUUGAUUUUGUCUAAUUUAUCGGGUUUUGUGGGAGACUUUUCCACCAUAUUCACCACUAGUGUUACCUCAUUUACGUUGUGCCGUUUUAUAUCGGGUUUGGCGGCAGAUACGAAUUUUUAUCUCAUGUAUAUUAUAGUGCUCGAAUAUUUACGUCCUUCCAUGCGCACCUUUGGUCUUAACUUGGCUGUGGGUAUUUUCUAUACCAUAGGCCUGGUAUUUACUCCCUGGCUGGCGGUAUUGGCUGGUCACUGGCAAUAUUAUUUGGCCUGCACCUCUAUACCCAUUCUCUUUAUUGGGGUAUAUUAUUUUAUUGUGCAAGAAAGUGCUCAAUGGCUGGUGACACGUAAUGAUGUAGAUGGCGCCAUUAAAAGACUGAAAAGAGUGGCGAAAUUUAAUGGGCGCAAAGUCAGCUUAACAGAAUUUGAUGAGUUUCGUAAAUAUUGUGAAAAGCAGAGACAAAAACAGGGUGGUGAUGAUCAAAAGCAUUCGAAUUUGAUUGAUAUGUUUAGGACGCCCCGAAUGAGAAAACACACCUUAAUAUUAUUCUUUAAAUCCAUGGUGAUCACUCUCUGCUAUGAUGUGGUUUCUCGCAAUGUCGAGGGCAUGGGUAUUUCCCCCUUUAUCAUGUUCUCCCUAAGUGCUUUGGUGGUUUUACCUUCUUCCUUGCUGUUGGUUUUACUACAGGAUCGCAUUGGUCGCAAAGGCAUGGCUUCGGGUUCUUUGCUGGUGGGUGGCUUUUUCACUGUAGCCGCUGGCAUUGCUAUCGCGUAUCAACAACAAAAUCAUAAUGCCAUUUUAUUGGCCUGUCUGACGAUUGCUGCCCGUUUUGGUGUGGCCAUUUCUUAUGAAUCGGGUUCUCAAUAUGCCACCGAAUUGAUACCAACUUGUGUGAGGGGUCAAGGAGUGGCUGCUGUUCAUGUUGCUGGUUUCGCCGCGUCUUUCUUGGCUCCCUAUAUUUUGUGGUUGGGCACCUUCUUUAAGGCUGCUCCCUCCAUUAUAUUGGGGGUAUUGUUCUUUACGGGUUCGUUGGUGUGUCUGCUGUUGCCCGAGACAUUGAAUAAAACUCUUCCCAAAACCCUCGAAGAAGGUGAAACCUUUGGCCAGGGUGAAAGUAUGUUUGACUUUCCCUGCCUUUCGAAAAACAAAAAUUCCACAACAGAUUCCGAUUCCGAAAUGGAGCCGUAUACAAAACGUAAACAAUCACUGACAGCUGGUCUAGAACGUGGUGGUGUAGUUGUUAGUGCCGUAAGGCCAGAUAUUGACAACAAUAGUAAUAGUUGUACAUAACAAAUUUUAUAAUAAAAUAUAAGCACUCAUUUAAAUAUAUAGUUAACAUUUAUUAAACUCACUUAAAGCACACAAUUAAUUAUAAUAGCCAGUACAUUAUGUGGUACUUAAAUCUAGGACAUUAAUUAUAAUUAAGUAUUUUUUUAUACCAUUUAAUAACUAAACUUAUACGUACAUAUACAAUUUAGCUAAUUACUUAUAAAAUUAUAGAAAAAAAAUUAUUAAACAACUAAAAAAUGCCUUUAAGAGAAAUUCGGGAAAACAAAUUUCAUGAAAUAAUGCAAACAUACUUUUCUACAUAUUUAGGAACUCUUUAAAUUAAAAAACAAUUUUAUACUAAUUAAUAUUUAAGCAAAAUUAAUUGCCUUUAGAUUAUUAGUUAAACUUUUCCAAUUUUUAUGGUUUAAGCUCUGUGUUCCAUUUAAUACAGUUUUGUUUUCUGUUAAAUUGAAUUUUUUGUAUAUAUGGCACAAUUUUUUACUUAAUUUUUAUUAAAUUUUAUUAUAUUAACAAAUUAAGGCUUAAUGCACAGAUUUUUUAUUAAUAAAACAAAUUAUUUAAUAGUUUUAUUUUAUUAAUUUAUAAAUAGAAAAAAAUAAAAAUAAAAAAUAUUAAAGACAUA